ACGGCUCAAUUACAAUUGAAAAAGAAGCCAAAGAUUAAUCAUAACCAGUACCAGAAAGCAGCGGCAGAUCCAGCAGUAUUCUCGAAGGAAUAGAAACAGACUGCCGUGAUGCUGAUAAAUGCGAACACUGCAAUUUCCACCUCCAAAAUCCUCUUGGUCCCAUACUCUAAGCGGCACGUACCAAGGUACCACGAAUGGAUGAAAGACGAGGAAAUCCAACAAGCAACAGCCUCAGAGCCCCUGACUCUCCCAGAAGAGUAUGCCAUGCAACAAAGCUGGCGGCAGGAUGCGGACAAGUUGACAUUUAUCGCGUGUCUUCCGUUAUCCCGAGAUGAUGGUGAAGGUGCAGGCGAUGACAGCUUAAAUGAAGACGAUGACGCAUCGUAUAGGAUGCUGGGUGAUAUUAAUCUUUUUCUUCGGGUGGAAGAGGAGGAAAUUGAUGAAAAUGAAAAUGCAGCUCCAACAUCUUCUCAAAUCAUCGGGGAAAUCGAACUAAUGAUUGCCGAGAAACAAAACCACAGGAAAGGAUUCGGGAGGGCGGCAUUACUCUCCUUUUUGAAAUACGUAGCCGAUCAUGAAGAAGCCAUUGUCUCUGAAUUCAUCAAUGGGGACCCCAUUGCCAAGGGGACACUGUCCGCAUCGGGAUCCGCGUCUACUACCGAUUCCGAGACCGGGAAGUCCUCGUUGAAAUUCUCGUGUUUGAGCGCCAAGAUCGGGCAGACGAAUGCUAAGAGUUUGGCUUUGUUUGAAAGUGCCCAUUUCAGGAAGAUAUCGGAUGAGCCGAGCUAUUUUGGGGAAUUCGAGUUGAGGAGGGCGGAUUUGUCUCCGAGGAUGGUGGACGGGGAGUUGAGUGGAUAUGGGAUUACAGGGUAUGCUGAGUUGACGUAUCGAAAGGCCCAGUGAUAGACCUUUUCUUUCUUUUUUUUGGUGUUUAAUGGUGAUCUAUGCCUUCCAGGGUUCUUCUUAAUGUUUUGCUGUAUAUACAUACGAUAGACGGUUCAUUGUAUGAGACAUCACAGCCCAUAUAUCCAACCCAUAAUACUCUGUACACUUGCACUUUGUGACUCAACAUAGUUAAUUUCCUAGAGCCACGCGACUUU